UUUACAUCAGCCACCACCUGCAAAAUCUCACUCCAAUAGAAGAAACCUCACCAGAAAAGCAAAAACCUCUCCUUUAAUUGCCGCUGCCCUUUGUCUCUCUCACCUCUCCACUUCUCUCUUCUCUCGGUGUCGUUGCUAGUACCCAAAAUCAUUCUGUUUUCCUUCCCGAAUCUGUCGCAUUGCUUAUUCUCUCCCUGCUUUUGCUGGAAACUUGCUCUUACUGUUGUUCCGACAGAUCUCCAUAAAAGCGUGUCUGCCGGAGGUUGUCGGAGUCCGGAGAUUGGAGGGGACUUCGCCAUGUCGGCAACAGAGGAUUGCGGAUCCUGCGUCGACCAAAACGACGGAGCAGGGGUCUACCUCACUGGGAUCUGAAACAACGAUAUGAAUCUUUCUAUCUGCCGACGCCCAUUUUUGCUAGGUUUUUAGGGUUAGGGAUCGCCGAGUGCUGGCUGAUGAGGAUUGGGAACAAACAGCAGGAAGUGCCCGAGGUUUCACCAUGCUUUUUGCCAAGCUCGAUGAUUCUCCUAUGUUCAGGAAACAGAUUCAAACACUCGAGGAAAGUGCAGAGUCAUUACGAGAGAGGUGCCUUAAGUUUUACAAAGGCUGUCGAAAAUACACUGAAGGGCUUGGUGAAGGAUAUGAUGGAGACAUUGCUUUUGCAAGCUCCCUGGAAACAUUUGGUGGUGGUCAUAAUGAUCCCAUUAGUGUUGCAUUUGGAGGACCUGUUAUGACUAAAUUUACGAUCGCUUUAAGGGAAAUUGGAACGUAUAAAGAAGUUCUCCGUUCUCAGGUUGAGCACAUGCUUAAUGAUCGGUUGCUGCAGUUUGUUGACAUUGAUUUGCAUGAUGUUAAGGAUGCUCGAAAGCGAUUUGAUAAAGCCUCUCUCUUGUAUGAUCAGGUAGAAUUUUUAAUCCAUGCAAAAUUGGCUGGUCAUGAAUUUGAUGCAUUGGGGGAGUUCUUUCAUGAGGUUAUGACAUUGAUGGAGAAUGAUUUUUUCCCCAUCUAG